AUCCAAAGAAUCAUCACCAGAAAAAUUUAAAAAACUUGAGAUAGGCUCUCCUAUUGUUGUUAUUGAGGCUCCAAAAAUGAUAAAGACCGCAACUUCAGUACCUUGUCUCAGGGUUAAUUCUGGGUUAGUAAAGCCUGGAGACGUUGGAAGAAUUGUGUCGAGAAAGCCCAAGGAUGUGUGGGCAGUUCGUCUCAGCAUUGGAACCUAUCUUAUAGAUGGCAAAUACUUCAAGCCCUUGGAGCUUCAAGAAUGAAACUUGUACUGUUUUCAAUUCAAAGCUUAACGUCAAUGAAAGUAUGCAAAUUUCAAUUCAAUUUGAAAAAUUGAAUAAAAUCAAAACUGUUUUUAAUGGGUUUAA